CUUCGAUCAUCUCUCGUAAUCAUAAACUUGCAAAAACAAACUUUACAUAUGAAAAAAAUUGGGUUUUACUUGCUAGUUCUUGUAGCCACCAUCCGGUGCACCACCACCGCACCCAUCGACUUCAUCCGAGCCUCAUGUAAAACCACCUUGCACCCGCCUCUUUGUGUCCGCUGUCUCUCAAGUUACGCUGGUUCUAUAAAGGGUAGCGAUCACCAUCUAGCCAAAGCGGCCGUUAUAGUUAGCCUAAAUGAGGCCAAGUUAGCCGCGGCCUUUGUUUCUAAACUGGCCCGAGUUUCUAGAUUAAAACCUAUAGAAUACCAAGCUGUGAAAGACUGUAUCAGCACCAUGACCAAUAGUGUGGUGAGUCUAAGCCAGUCGGUUCAGGAGCUGGAGCGGAUGGGACGUCGGUCCGUGGAUCAAGAUUUCGAGUGGCACAUGAGCAACGUGGAGACGUGGGUCAGUUCUGCUCUUACUUAUCAGAAUAUAUGUAGUGGGGGGUUUGGUGUAAAUGGACAUGUGAAGGAUGUUGUGACUAAGAGGAUGGUUUAUGCUUCACAAGUCACUAGUAAUGCACUUGCUUUAGUCAACAGGUUUGCUGUGAGCCACAGGAAAGGUAGUCAUAAGCCAUGAAUCUUAAAGAAGUCAAAAGUCAAAAGACAUGUAUAUCAAGUUGUGUGAAAUACUAAAUAGAUUAGUGAUGGUUGAAAUAUAUAAAUAACAAGGUAGUUCAUAGGAAUGUAUAUCAAGUUGUGUGAAAUACUAAAUAGACUAGUUUGUAAUUUUGUAUC